AUCGAAGGAUAAAAGUAAAAGGGCAAUACUAAAAGGAGGCUCCUUCCUCACACACCCACGUAUCUCAUGCACUCGAAUCAGCUGGGUAGGCAGCCCUCAAUCCCAACCCAUAGCCCCAGAAAACAUUUUGCUUUCACAAUCUCCACGUCAACCUGCCCAGAAAGCCCCAAAUCCUAUAUUCUCAAGAAAUGCAUUGCUCUUUUGUUAAGCUGUGCUUCUUCCAAAUUCAAAGUCAGGCAAAUCCAUGCAUUCUCUAUCAGACAUGGUGUCCCCCUCACCAACCCGGAUAUGGGCAAGUACUUGAUAUUCACCCUUUUGUCAUUCUGCUCGCCCAUGUCCUAUGCCCACCAAAUCUUUUCCCAAAUCCAAAACCCAAAUAUUUUCACGUGGAAUACUAUGAUAAGGGGCUAUGCAGAGAGUGAAAAUCCUAUGCCAGCCCUUGAAUUGUACCGUCAAAUGCAUGUAUCUUGCAUUGAACCUGAUACACACACUUACCCCUUUCUUCUCAAGGCCAUUGCUAAGUUGAUGGACGUUAGGGAGGGGGAAAAGGUUCAUUCCAUCGCUAUAAGAAAUGGGUUUGAGUCGUUGGUGUUUGUUCAGAACACUUUGGUUCAUAUGUAUGCGGCUUGUGGGCAUGCUGAGAGUGCUCACAAGCUGUUCGAGUUGAUGGCUGAGAGGAAUCUUGUGACUUGGAAUUCUGUAAUUAAUGGAUAUGCUCUUAAUGGGAGGCCUAAUGAGGCUUUGACUCUUUUCAGGGAAAUGGGUUUGCGGGGCGUGGAGCCAGAUGGGUUCACCAUGGUUAGCUUGCUUUCUGCAUGUGCUGAGCUUGGGGCUCUGGCUUUGGGCAGGAGGGCUCAUGUGUACAUGGUAAAAGUGGGUUUGGAUGGGAACUUGCAUGCUGGCAAUGCCCUUUUGGAUCUUUAUGCAAAGUGUGGGAGCAUUAGACAAGCACAUAAAGUGUUUGACGAGAUGGAGGAAAAGAGUGUGGUUUCCUGGACUUCUUUGAUUGUGGGAUUGGCUGUUAAUGGGUUUGGAAAGGAAGCACUUGAGCUUUUCAAGGAGUUGGAGAGGAAGGGCUUGAUGCCCAGUGAGAUUACUUUUGUUGGGGUCUUGUAUGCUUGUAGUCAUUGUGGGAUGGUGGAUGAGGGGUUUGAUUACUUCAAGAGGAUGAAAGAGGAAUAUGGCAUUGUACCAAAGAUAGAGCAUUAUGGUUGCAUGGUUGAUUUGUUGGGUAGGGCAGGCUUGGUGAAACAAGCACAUGAAUUUAUCCAAAACAUGCCAAUGCAGCCCAAUGCUGUUGUUUGGAGGACCUUACUGGGAGCAUGCACCAUACAUGGGCAUUUGGCUCUUGGGGAGGUUGCAAGAGCCCAACUCCUCCAGUUAGAGCCUAAACACAGUGGGGAUUAUGUGCUCCUCUCCAACCUCUAUGCAUCUGAGCAGCGUUGGUCAGACGUGCACAAGGUGAGGAGGACAAUGCUGAGGGAAGGAGUGAAGAAAACUCCGGGGCAUAGCCUUGUUGAGUUAAGAAAUCGCCUCCAUGAGUUUGUAAUGGGAGAUAGAUCCCAUCCCCAAACUGAGGAAAUAUAUGUGAAGCUAGCAGAGAUCACAAAGUUGUUGAAAUUGGAAGGUUACGUGCCUCACAUCUCAAAUGUGCUUGCAGACAUAGAGGAGGAGGAAAAGGAGACUGCUCUGUCUUAUCACAGUGAGAAGAUUGCAAUUGCUUUUAUGCUGAUUAAUACAGCAGCCGGCAUCCCAAUCAGGGUUGUGAAGAAUCUGAGGGUGUGUGCAGAUUGUCACUUAGCAAUUAAACUUAUUUCAAAGGUAUUUGAUCGAGAGAUAGUUGUGAGGGACCGCAGCCGGUUCCACCAUUUCAAAGAUGGACAUUGUUCUUGCAAGGAUUAUUGGUAAAUCAUAUGAUGUCUGGCAUCCACGGAGUGUUUGUGUAUUCCAAACAGCAUCCAUUGGGAUGUUGAAGAAUUGAACUUGAGAGUUGAUGACAAUCAUCAAAGACCGCUGUUGAAUUCUGUGUGGCAUCAAUGGCUGAUUAUUGGUGGAGAAGAAGCAUCUUAUCCAUCAUGUUCUUUUGCAUGUAUCAAUUGUUUCUGUGCUAAAAGCUCUUAGAAUGACCUUGGUUAUUCUAAAUUCCAACCACAUCAUUGUGACCUGUAA